GUUGUGAAAAUGAAUAACAACAGCUCGCGAACGCAUCUGCCGUGGAUGUUCAACAACUCGCUGGCCAUUCGGCAGGAGAUCCAGCGGUUCGAGAGCGUCCACCCGUCCAUCUACGCCAUCUAUCACCUGAUCGAUCUCAUUCCCGACGGGCGCGCGGAAGUCGCUCAGCAGAUCCGGGACCAUGUCGUCUGCAUUGAAGAUUCGUUCGUCAACAGCCAGGAAUGGACGAUCUCACGAUCCGUGCCGGACAUCCGGCUCGGUAUCGUCGGCAGUCUCAGCUCGGGCAAAUCAGCGCUGGUCCACCGCUAUCUGACCGGCUCGUACAUGCAGGAGGAAUCGCCCGAGGGUGGCCGCUUCAAGAAGGAAAUUCAGAUCGACAACCAGAGCUACCUGCUGCUAAUACGGGACGAAGGUGGUCCGCCAGAGAUUCAGUUUGCUGCCUGGGUCGAUGCGGUUAUAUUCGUGUUCAGCCUCGAGAACGAGUCCAGUUUCAACGCGAUCUACACCUACUACAACCGGAUAGCCCACCACCGGAACACGGCCGAGAUUCCGAUCAUUCUGGUCGGAACGCAAGAUGCCAUUAGCGAGCGAUCACCGCGAGUAAUCGAUGAUGCCCGGGCCCGCAAACUGGCGCAAGAUCUGAAACGGUGCACCUACUACGAAACCUGCGCCACCUAUGGGCUGAAUGUGGAACGAUUGUUCUUGGACGCCUGCCAGAAGAUUGUGCAGCAGCGUCUAUCGACCGGUUCCACGAUAACGCCAACCAACUCGCGACCGACAACACCGCAGGGCACGCGGCUCGGAGUGGCCAGCUUUCACCCAUCAGUUCCUAGCCCAACGAAUGGGUUCUCCGCGGCGAACACCGCCAGCCCGGCCAGCGCGCUUAUGCUGAGCAGCUCCUCGCCAAGUCACCACCACCAACAACAGCAGCAGCAGCAGCAGCAGCAACCGUCGCAACAGCACGCGGGCAAUAUGACCUUGCCGCACCGGCAUCACGUCCUGUCCGCCUCGAGCCAUCACAUUCCGAUCAAGAUCAGUGCCGAGCUGAUCGCUUCAGAGGCGGCGCAAUCGCAGCACUUGGUCGGAUUGGCCUCCGGCGGCGGCGGUAGUGGGGUGCAAAAGUGGGGAACCAUCUCCCACGGAACCUCACAGCAAGCACUCCUGACGCUUACGAACGAGAAUAAUAACAUUGCAAAGUUUGUGCCACCGACGCAUCCGGUCUCUGGCGGUGGCGCUUUAGUUGGUGUUGGGUCCGACAGUCUACUUGGGCUCAUGUCGUCCGGGAAGGACAGCCACAUCGCAGGAGCCACAUCGCGGGAGCCAGGCGGAGGCAGUACCACGGCAAAAGAGGGAGGUAAGGAGCUACCGACACCCACCUCGACACCGACCACCUCACGCAAGAGCCGCCGAAGAUCGAACCUGUUCAUCCCUUCGUCGUCGAAGAAGGAGCAGCAGGAGAAGAUCAAAAACGGUGAACUGGGUUCCGGCCGGGCCAUCCCCAUCAAGCAGGGGUAUCUGUACAAGCGGAGUAGCAAGUCGCUCAACAAAGAGUGGAAGAAGAAGUACGUGACACUCUGUGACGAUGGCCGGCUGACGUACCAUCCAUCGCUGCACGACUACAUGGACGAUGUACACGGGAAGGAAGUGUCGCUCCAGUAUGUCACGGUAAAGGUGCCCGGCCAGAAGCCCCGGGGAACCAAAUCGAUCAUCACGAACAGCGCUCUGACGGCGGCAGCCGCUGCAGCGGCCUCGGCCAAUUCGGCUAACGGAACAAACAGCAACGGUGCCGGAAGCAACGGGUUGACAGAAGGUAUCGGUGGUCUUUCGCUGGCCAAGGAUCGGAAGAUCACGGAGAAGGUGCUACUGACGGCGUUCGAUACGCUUCGCGAGCCGGUCAAAUCGAACUCGCAAACGAGCGGCGACGAGGGCAUCGUGAUAAGCAAUAGCAACUCGCAAAGUUUCCUCGGCAGCGACAGUACCGCUGGCAGCAAGAUCGAUGCGCAAACGCCAAACGUGAAGAAGCGGCACCGACGCAUGAAGAGCAGCGGCGUGGGGAAGAACAGCGAGUACGAUGACUCUGACGGAUUUGAGUUCUAUAUCGUAUCACUGGACAACAAGCAGUGGCACUUCGAGGCGUCGAGUUCGGAAGAGCGCGACGAGUGGGUGUCGGUGAUUGAGCAGGAGAUCUUCAAGAGCUUGCAGGGCAUCGAGUCGUCCAAGUCGAAACCGCUCAACCCGAGCGACAUUGCUUCUAUGCAGUCCAUUCGGAGCCGGGUUCCCGGGAACGGUUACUGUGUCGAUUGUGAUUCUCCAAAUCCCGAAUGGGCCAGCCUCAAUCUCGGUGUGCUGAUGUGUAUUGAGUGUUCUGGGGUACACCGAAACCUUGGUUCCCACAUCAGCAAAGUUCGCUCGCUGGGUCUGGACGAGUGGCCUCCUGGUCACUUGAGUGUGAUGCUGGCGAUCGGUAACAGUCUGGCGAAUUCCGUUUGGGAGGCCAACACGCGAGGACGCGUGAAACCGACACCGGCUAGCUCGCGCGAGGAAAAGGAAGCCUGGAUACGGAGCAAGUACGAGGGCAAAGAUUUUUUGCCUGCCUUCAACCCAUCGCCACCGAUCGGUCAACAGCUGUGCGAGGCCGUCGUGCGGUCGGACAUGAAGUCCAUCAUCAUAUUGCUGGCGAACGCGAGCAACGAACACAUCAACUCUACCGCCAGCAAUCGCGAUCUGCGGACACCGCUGCUGUUGGCCUGUGCGAUCGGUAAUCUCGCCAUCUCUCAGCUGCUGAUAUGGCAUCACGCCAACCUGAAGCAUGUCGAUAACGAGGGUCGCUCGUGCUUGACGUUCGCCAAAGCUGCCAACUCGCUGGCGGCCGCGAAACAGGCGACGAACUCGCCGCAUCACGUGAAUGUCGAAACCACGGCGGCACUGGUCGAGCUACUCAUCAGCUUGGGUUGCACCGAUCCAGCCCCGUUCUCCGCCAGCGGUACGCUCCCGCGAAGAAGGGAAACCAUCGAUCAGGCCACUUUCGAGAAGUUUUCGUCGAGCGUCAUUUAAGAGUAGAGCGUGAGAGAGUAGAAUAGAAGAGAAAGAAAAGAAAAGGUGAUGAAAUAAUAGACAAAUUUAUACGCAAUCUCAGUCGGGGACAGGGGGGUUUUGUAAAAAGAAAAUGUUAAACACGAGAUGUUGGUUCGAUAAUACAAACAAACAAAGUCUCUGGACAUCAUCAGGCAGGUCCCGGCUUCGCGGUGGCUCAUUGUAACAUAUCGUUUGAUUUGUUGUUCGAGGUGCGUGGACCUUGUCUCCCCGAUACUUAAUCUUCCCUUCGGGCAAGCGAUAAACAAGAAAAACAACACAAAAGAUGGUAGUGAGGCGAUAAAGGAAACAAUAUAUUCACCCGUUGUGAUUCGUUUGGUUAGAUUGUAAGAACUGUAUUUUCGGUUUACGUUUAAAGCGAAAAAUAACGCUACGUCUGUAUAGGAUACGUGACACGGCCAAGAGAGAGGAAAGGAUGCAUCUUCCCGUUGGCCAGUGGAUGCGCUUUGUAAAUAGUACUGUUUAUCGCGUCACCCAAACAAGGUGUUGAAAGUAUUAAUAGUUGCACUGUAGAGCAGACGUGCAUUGCACCCGAAGAUUAUGCUGCGCCUGGAAGCGGCUGUAUGCGGGGCAAAUUCUUUUACUAAAGUUGGUUUUGUUUUGGUUAGAAUUCUUAGUUUUACCCUUACGCUGGCCGGAGGCCAGACAAUAGUACGGUCAUGUAUUGGGAGUGCUGCGAAACAAUGGUGUUUAACUGUAGACCUUUAGGCAAGCAGGGUGUGGAUGUAGACUCAUAUUUCGGUGAUAAUGCUGCAUUCAUCGUGUUCACGGUCGACUCGCUUCAAGCAUUAGAUAGAAACUAAAGAUUGAAGAGUUUAGGUAGGACAUCGUUGAAUCGGCCGAAAAGAAGCGAAAGCUUACUAUGUUCAUUCAUCAUAUAAUACGGAGGCUAGAAAGAAGAUCAUCAUUAUACGUUUGUUAAGUUAUAUUGUUCCUAGUUUUAGACCUUUGAAGGUGGUUCGUGCGAUCAGCAUCUACUGAUCACGAAACUAUUGAUCAGCCGUAAGCGAAUAAUUGUUUAGACUAAUGUGCUGCUUAGACGAAUGAUUCUAGUUCCGCUUUAACAGAAUGGAAUGAUCACACAGAAAGAUCAGAAAACAUUUGAUCUCGCCUCGUGACGCACUGUGACGUGCAACAGUUGGUCGAUGUUUGCUUACCACCAUUGUCAGUUUUACGCUAUCACCGUAGCUUUUGAUCGUUUAUUUGAAACACUUUUGCGUCAAAUACCUUCCGCCAUUCGUUUUAAUCGCUGUUAUCGCCCGAGAACCCCACACACCGGUACGCUCACAUCAGUUCCUAUUGUGCGUAUGAACUUGCAAAGGAAACAAACAAAUCAAAUGAUUUACUUGUCUGCACAUUUGAUGGUUUCUUGUGUGAUUAAUUUUUUUCCUACCCCCAUUGAACGCAUUGAACACUUUAAAAUUGACACAUUCGUUUCAGUAGGAAAAUGUACUGCAUCUCAAAAAUAUGCCAAAUGUUAUAUUUCAACAACUACCUAUAUACAGGAUGCAAAUAUUUGGGCAACAAACUGUUGCCCUAUUUCUUCUGUUUGUCCACCAAAUUUGAUUAAACAGUCCUGGGACUGCUGAUUUUUGUGCUGUGGAAACCUGUGCGCAAACCAAUCUUAUACGAAAGUAGCGCAGCAACAAACCAAUAUAGAAUCAACAUAAGCAAAUAGAUAAAGUAGAUAUUACAACGGCAAACAAAAAAUCACCACUUGCAUGUAACAACAAUUAACGGCACUUUGCGAUGAUUUGCACCAGAACCCGUAGACAGAAUCCAGCACCAACAUCUCGAAAUAGUGCAUGUUGAUCAAAAGCGUCAUGUUCAAGAGGAGAAGAGCGCGACUCCCCGGCGAUGCUAUCAGUGUAGAGAAGGUAUAAUACAAAUAAUCGUAAACAGAAAACCUCACACAACCCAUAAUGAUCGAAACGAUGCAAAUAUCCAAGUAAAAUGUUAAAUCAACAACAAGAGAAAUAACGCAACUUACAACCGUUGAAAAUCACAACAGUUUAUAAUAGUGCUUAAACUGAAACCGUUAGACAUAUUAGACAAGGCCUGAAUCGAAACAUACAAAUACAACAAGAUGUUGAACUCUAAUAGAAAGCUAACAAAAGUGACAUUUCAAAACUUUAUCUGUGCCGAGAUUCGAUGUGCAAACGGACGGGAUAUGGGCAACGAGAUGUACACAACAGGAAACGUGAGCAAAUUUUUGAAACAAAAAAAGAUUCCUUCUGUUUGGGGCUUCUGUUUAGACUAGUGCUGAAUUCCAAUGAUAAACAAACAACCGCAAGAAUUUCUCCUAUGUGA